ACUUAAUCUCCUUGGUGGCAUAUAGAGAGAGAUCCCGCUUUUUUCUCCUUCAGUGGCAUAAAUAAUAUCUUCAGAGAGAGAGCAUAUCAGAAGGCAAGCAGGAAGAGAAAAGAGAGAAAGAUAGCAGCCAGCGUGACAAUUGAGCGCGUGGCAGAACUUGUACCUUCCUGCACCGUGGGCUGAGGGAAAAGGAACAAGUGCACCAGAGUGGCAGGCAGCUGCCAGCAGCAUAAAAACAGUCACACACAAAACAGACAGACCCCCAAGCUUCACUGCACCAGAGGAAGUUGAGGGAGAGGACUGACCUCCAGCAGGUGGGUUAGGAGAAGUUUUAUCUGUGGAUUCACCCCCAAUAUUAUGGCUUUCCUCAGACCGAGCCUUGUUGUCCUGUAGAGGAGUUGUGUGCUUUCCUUUCAGAAGAACUUGUUUUUGUGCUUGCGUCCCCGAGCAAAGAUGGAGAAGCUGUCAGGGAAAGACAAGGAGCUGAUACGAGGCAGCUGGGAGAGUCUGGGCAAAAACAAAGUUCCUCACGGGGUGAUCAUGUUCUCCAGACUGUUUGAGCUGGACCCCGCACUUCUAAGUCUUUUCAACUAUAACACAAACUGUGGCUCCACACAAGACUGCCUUUCCAGCCCAGAGUUCCUUGAUCAUGUUACUAAGGUUAUGCUUGUGAUUGAUGCGGCUGUCAACCAUCUGGAUGAUCUCCACUCUUUGGAGGACUUUCUGCUCAACCUUGGGAGGAAGCAUCAAGCAGUGGGAGUCAGCACUCAGUCGUUUGCUGUGGUGGGCGAGUCUCUUCUGUACAUGCUCCAGUGCAGCCUGGGUCAGGCCUACACCGCAGCGCUGAGUCAAGCUUGGCUCAACAUGUACAGCAUCGUGGUGGCUGCAAUGAGCCGAGGGUGGGCCAAGAACGGCGAGGACAAGGCCGACUGAGAGACAGCAAGAGCUGCUGAGCAGUUUGCUGUCAGAUGAUCAGCAUGGUUGCCAUGGAAUGAGGUUGUGUAACUGUGCAGCAUCAGCUUGGCUGCUGUACAUCUGCUCUGUGACUGGGGGUUGUAUAGCAUAGCAAAUGUGUGGUGUAGCUACACUUCUAACUGAGAUGGAUCUAUAGCAGAGCUUGUUUGCUGUGGAUGUUUAGCUACCUGGGAACGCUGUUGUACAGCUGAAAACCAGUUUGGUUCUUUUUAGGUCUAAACACAUGAGAGGAAACCGUAGGAAUUUUUCUCAGAUCUCUGUAAAUAACAGCAUAGAUCAAUAUACUGACAUGAUAGCAGUGACUGUAGUGGUCUUUGUGAUGUAUCUUGGAGUCACACACAACAUAUUAUGUUUAGGCAUCACACUACUCUAACUGUGACUGUUACUGUGGUCAACAAAGGCAGCUUUUUAUCUAACUGGAACACAAUGUUACUAAAAACUGUGUGGGGACAAUGCAACGAGAAGGAGAAAAUCACUGUUAGCAUUACUUUUUAUGCCUCACUUUGCAUUUUUUUGGCCUUACUUUUCAACUAUAAUCUGAAUUUUUUGCUACAAUCAAGUUUAUUUAGUGUUAUAUAAUAGCUAUUGACAUGAACUGUUACACUCUCUUCGAGCUUUCUCCAGUAACUGUAAAGGUGUCCAAACACACCUUCAUACAUGUGGUGUUAAAAGCUCUCCUCACUCAAGGUUGUUAGUGUUUCAGUAGGCAUUUAAUGACUGUUAAAUAAACACUAAUGAAUAGACUGUUAUGUGACCCUUAGCCGGAAAGAGCAUAUUGGAUGGAUUCUGUCUUUGUUCUCUGCCAACAGUUUCCAUUAAUCGUCAGUGUAAAGUGGUUUUGUUGUGCAGUGGCUGUUUAUCUUAAAAAUGUUUAUGAACUGUAUUUUUGUGGCUGUUAUAAUCACAUGUUUUAGCAUAAUCAGAUUGGUAAACACAGAACCUUGGGUGUUUAUCACAGCUACUAUAACCUUGUAGAUUUUAUCCACAGUUGUUAUUCAAAAAUGGAAAAUGCCAAGUAACUUUACAACAGUUUGCCAAGUAUUAGAUAACAUUGUUGAACUGUAAUUCCAAGCUGCCAAUAGUUAUUUUUUCUUUUAAGCUUAUAUUUAUAAAGCUUGAUUUUUUUUAUUUAGAUUAUAUUUUUUUUGUGUAGGUAAAGGGCAUUGCUGUUUUCCCCAAAUGUCAUAUCCUCAUAAAAAUUGAUGCUUAGAAAACAAAAAAUGCUUUUUAUGAUCAGAAUACUACAGUUAAAUGUGCAUUUCUUAUAGAAAAGAAAUGCUUUUUUUUGAAUGUACAUCAAAUUACUUUACAGAAGUCUGACUUGUCUUGUGUUCAGCCCACAGGUGUCAUGUUUGUUUACUCCAUGUUGUAUUUACAAUAAUUCUUUUAUGAGGCUCAGCCCUUGGAGCUAUGCAGGUUUCCGUUACUUUCUGUUUUUUUAAACUCUUAUUAUGUAGUCCUGCUAACAGACAAGGGAUUAUUUUGGCAUCCAGAUAUGUACAUAUUGGGUGUGUCACUGUCUACCUCAUCAUAAUCAGCUGCUAUCAAACAGUGAUAUGGUCACCUAUUUCUCCUUCAGCCAAAAAAUGGACAUUACUGUAAGCUAAGCCAAGCUCUUAACCAUGAAUUCCACCCUGUGUUCAAAGACUGUUAUGUGUUGCAGCUACUAAAUAAAGUAAUCUGAAGGGUAUUUCACUGCUAAUUGAGGUCAGUGGGCUUUCCUCCUGCACCUAAUGUCAACAAAUCAAUCACCAAAUGCUUGAUUUUCUUCCAACUGACACCUCCUCUUGCAGCGUUACGUAAGAUCUUUAUAAUGAGUGGCCGAUCGCCCUCCACUGCAAUGAGGCUGGCUUCAGGCAUAUCCACCCACUUACUCAAGCAGCUGCACAAUGUCGCAUCAAGAACAUUUGGAGAAUUUCACCAAACUGUUGACAGGGUGGGCUCCCCCUUCCACAACAUGAGUGGUUAACAGACAUGUCUUACAUUUUGCAAAUCCUGCAAAUAAAGAGAGAUGUAAAGAAGGA